AUGAGUUUCCAGAAAGAGGAUAGUGAUAGUAAAGGCAGCGAUAGCACUUCAUGGACCUCUUUAGGAAUCGCUGGCGUAAUCGGCGUGGGACUUGGCGCGGGACUCGCUUACCUUUUCAGUGGGUCCUCCGAGGCGCCGCACUGUAGCGCGGCGACAAACGCUACUGGCGCAUCUAGUAGCAGCAAUGAUAACUACCUAAAGCGCAAGAUGCCCUGUGAGAUAUGCUCUGUAUGCCUAGAGGAUAUCCUCCUGGUGACGCUGCCGUGUGGCCACCGCUUCCACGACAAGUGCGUCAGGCGUUGGGUGCAAGACCGUCAGAAUUGCCCAAACUGCAGAAGGCCGACAACGCUGGGCCAGCUGAAGUAUUCU